CCACGCACGGUCGACUGUCACGUGAUCCGUCUCGUGACAACCGGAAGAAGGAAUAUCAACAGUGAGGAUGAUGUGACAUGUAUCAAGUCUUCAUUUAGAAAAAUAAUGACUUCCAUCAUAAAAGAAACACAGAGCAUCAAAGAAGCUGUGACUUUUAUCAAUGAGAUCGAUGCCAACAAAUUCCCCAGGCUGAUCUCUCGAAUCAUUCAGAAGCUUCAUUUGAAGGGAGAGAGAACGUUCAGCGAAGAAGAGGAGCAAAAACUCCGAGCUGCUCUGUCUUUAGAUAAACGUGCUCUUAACCUGGUCCUGGAAACCUCUGCCUUUAUUCUAGAGCAGGCUGUGUAUCACAACAUAAAGCCAGCCGCUCUGCAGCAGCAGCUGGAGGUGAUCCAUCUAAACCCAGAAAAAGCAGAGGUGUUCUCCCAAAGCUGGGCCGCUGCCGGACCUGAGCUCGUAGAGAAGCUGAAGCGUAAUAUCUUUGCCCCUAAGAAGCUGGAGCAUGUUGGCUGGCAGCUGAACCUGCAGAUGGCCCAGUCCAGUCAGACCCGACUGAAGUCUCCCAGUGCCGUCCUCCAACUUGGGAUCAAAAGUGAAGACUCUGAGUCAUAGAACCUCAAGAAGCUUUACAACACAGCCAUUCAUCCAUGCAUGAGUACAAGUACCUAUACCAGCCCUUGUGUUAACUGACUGAGGUGAGGCUGCCAUACUCACCGAGCGCCGCCAGUUCACCUCCGAUCACCAAGCAGCAGGUAAGGUGGUUGAAGUGUCUUACCCAGGGACAUAACUGCUGCAGCAAACUGGUUAUGGGGUGGGCACUUAACUAGUCUCCAACUGUCACUCAUAAUAACUGUUGACUGAAUGAUGAUUCAGAUUAAUGUGGAACCAGAAAGUACAAGGUCACAGUCACACACAUAGAGCAAGAGUCAAGUACUUAUUACUAAAGCAUGUCCCAGAUAUACUCGAAUCAGUUUAAACUGUUUUUGUUGAUUGUGCACAGAUUCCCAAUGGUUUCCAGUAAUCUUUCAAUACAGUUUAUUUGGCAUCUGGCCAGUCAUACUAUGUCCCAUUAGUUGAAGAUGAUUUUUUUUUGUUAUGAUGCCGUUUAGCUCCUGUUUUUAAGCUUUUUAAUUUAUAUAUGAGUAUAUUAUCAUGAUUAUAGAGCUAAACGAUGAAAAUCUCUGUUGCAGUAAAGUUGACUGCCCUCUGAAGAGGAUACCUAUUCAUUUUCUUCCUACAUGUCCUACAUCUGGCAAAAGUAUAUAUAGGGAAACGUUAGAAUCUUUAAAGGACAUUGAAAAUUGAUGGGAGCAUCUCCAGAGAUGAUAAUUUGGGAUAUGUUGAGUAGGAUGAAUAUCCCUAAAAUGUUCCAGGAGAAAUUUUCUACAAAACCAAAAAGAUGUUCUGUUGAAAGUUGACACAAGCCAGAGGAACAAAAAAGACCAACGUCAUUAAUAAUCCAUAAAGAAGGGCUCAAUACUGCUGGCUUUGAGUCUUUUUCUAUAAACUCUUUAUUUGACGUAUGACUGUGAUGUAUUUUUUGCAACAUGAUUGAAUGGUGGAAUAACAGAUCAGUUCCCCAGUUAAAUGUUUUAGUUUUAAUGCACAUUCAGACUGAUUAAUGGUGAGUGUGUCUUACAGUGGCCGCAGUUGUAUUCUAAGGCCAUUAACUGAGCAUGAUCUGUUGCUGCGCUGCAACUGUUUUCAAAAAUGAUAUAGGAGGAGGGCGAGAAACGUAGGAGUAAGCACUUUUCUUAUCGUCUCCUUGUCUGAUCUCCACAGCCAUGGUCCUCCAUUACACAGCUAAUAAUAGAGGCAAGCUUUAUCACUUAGUUCACUGUUGCAUGAGAGGGAAAGCAAACGGCUGCUGUUUGAUACUGACCGAAGUUAUAUUAAGAUUUUAUUUUUACUGAAUAGUUUUUAAGAAAUUAAAAGAGGCGGGCAAAAGUGGAAGAGAUUAGUCAUCACUUAAGGUGACACCCUAAAGGGAAACAAUUCCGUUAAUGGGCGUUGCUACGUAUGUGGGUGUGACUGGAUUGAGUUGGAUUCUGUCCUGUUCUGUUGUGUGACUCAGUGUCAUCAAUCAAAAAAAUAAAACGGUAAUAAAAUAGUUUGGACUUGAUGUUCUUGGAGGAGAAAAGGCUUCUUUUAUCAAAGAACAUCAAGUUCCCUCAAUUUCUGCUGGGUUCUUGAUGCUAAGAUCAGUGAAAGAUUCACGUGGGAGGAUGGAAAAGGGUAAAAGCUUGUUUUGUUGUUUCAUGACGUUUAGUUAUUUGUUGAUGAUGGAGAGGGAGAAGACAGUUUGUGAGGAUUUUUCAUCAGCUGCUAUGUUUGACACGACCUAGAACGAUCAACUGGGGCAGUAGCAAAAAGAUUUUGCCCUUCUAGUCGGUCUAGCCACCCUCCAUUGUAGACUUAGCAGGCCUACCGUUGGUCCUAACAGUUUUGUGUCUUGCCAGUCACAGAGCUCUAUGUUUGUUGGACGAGCUUUGCACAAGAGCUGCGAUGGAGAAAAUCUACAAAGAUGGCGUCGGCUCAGGAAUGGCGCUCAUUUGAAACAGCUUUGGCAUCAUCUUUGGAUGAUUUGGACUUGGGCUUUUAUUUGAGCCGUGAGCAGAUAGAGGUACUUAAGUCCUUUAUUUUGAAAAAGAAUAUAUUUGCUUCUAUGGUGUAUGGCGGACUCACUGCCACGUUGACCAAUUCCCAUAGCGAUGAAUAGGUCACGUUGUUCAUUGCUCUGAUUGGCCCAUAGUUCUGUCCAAUUGCAUGUGGAGACAGUUUGAAAGACAAUCGUACAUUCUGCCCCAUGACUUCACUCUGUCAAUGGGUCGUGGCCUAAAUAUGCACAUAUUUAAGAUGGCUUGCCAGGCUAUGCUUGAGAACAUGUCUACUAAAAUAUUGAGUAAUUUCAGGCAUAAUGCCAAAAAUCAGUUAGAUUUUUCCUUUUAUUGGAUUUGUCUUCAGCUUUUGACACGGUUGACCAUAAAAUUCUGUUACAUCGACUUCACAAUGACAGGAUUUUCUGGUACGGUUCUGAAGUGGGGUUCUUCCUAUUUGAAUAACAGAACAUUCUCUUUAUGUGUAAACAAGAUUAGGUCUGAAGUCACAUCUUUGCUUCACGGUGUUCCCCAGGGCUCGGUCCUUGGCCCAAUUUUGUUUCUAUUAUAUAUUUGCCCUCUUGGGGAGAUUAUUAAAAGCUUUACUAAUGUGUCCUACCAUUUAUAUGCGGAUGACAUUCAACUCUACUGCUCUUUCAAGGACACAGAGUUUAACAAGUUAGCUGAUCUACUUGAUUGCAUUGAGCGUAUUAAGGACUGGCUAGCCAGUAACUGUCUUCAGUUGAACUCAAGCAAGGCCGAAACACUGAUCAUUGCUCCUGAACAGAAAGUGCUUUUAAUCAGACAACACCUCGGUUCCCUGAGCUCCUCAGUCCAGACCAGUCUCAGAAACAUUGGUGUUCUUUUUGACCAGUCCAUGUCUUUGAGCUGCCACUCAAAACAUUUAGUGAAGAACUGCUUUUAUCAUUUAAGAAACAUUUCCAAAUUGAGAGCUUUUACUUCCAAACCGGACUUGGAGAUGAUUAUCCGUGCUUUUAUUUCUUUUCGUUGAGAUUAUUGUAAUUCUAUCUUUACUUGUUUUAACAAAUCAGAUGUCAGUCGUCUCCAGUUGGUCCAGAACGCUGCAGCAAGGCUUUUAACAGGAACCAAUGGAAGGGCUCACAUAACACCGGUUUUAUCCUCUUUACAUUGGCUACCGGUCAAGUUUAGAAUUGAUUUUAAAAUUUUAGUUUAGACUUUUAGAGCUCUUAAUGGACAAGCUCCACAAUAUUUAUCAGACCUUUUAAUCCCUCACUCUUCUGGCGCACUCUACGGUCCUCGGGUCUGGCCCCUAAGACCAGAUUUAAAACUAGAGGGCACCUGUCCUUUCAAGCUGUAGCUCCCAGACUUUGGAACGCCCGGCCCUUGUUUCUUCAUGUGGUCGACUGUUGAUUCUUUUAAAAAGCAGCUGAAGACACUUUUAUUUAGACAAGCUUUUAUGUAAGUUGACCUUGUGCUCCUGUCCUGUUUUGCCUUUUUAUGUAUGUUGUGAAGCACUUUGUGAUUUUAUCUGUGAAAAGUGCUAUAUAAAUAAAGUUUUACUUACUUACUUACUUAAACCUGCUUGACACUUAUUUAGCCUAAUUUAAUUAGUAAGAUUGCAUACUGACUUUCCUUUUGGUUAUAUUACAUUCUUACAUCAUUCUUCAUAAGCGUGAGUCUUUUCUGCCUCGUGUGCAUCAAAAAUCACUGAACUUGCUUCAGUGUUUGAACUUAUGCACUGUCAGAACAGUACAGCAGCAUCUGCAACGAUACAAAGGCUUUGAGCACACAAAGUCAAACCAGCACACACACGAAAUCUGUCCCAUCUCUUUUGAAAUGCAAACAUGCACCGUCCACCUACAUUUUCCCUUUCCAUUCCAAAUACUGAGACGCAGACAUGCUGAAGCCGUCUGCUUUGGUCAUAUAUUCUCUUUGCUGCGUAAGGGUGUGCUGGCUGACUUCAGAUGCACCGAGUCUGUGCUCUGCAUCUGUGUCGGUGUGCUUUCAAAGGAAGCACGCACGACCACCAGAGAGUCGUCCUCCAUGGCAUACAUAUGCAUGUUUGCAUAAAUGUGUCUAGAUUCCCUUCUGAAAAGGGUAUUUGAGAAAGUUUCUUGUCAGUUAUAAACAAUAGAAGAAACUCAACCUGAAUGUAAAAGCGUCCAGUUUGACAGCUUCAUCUUUGGUGGUUGGUUCAUUUAAAUGCUUAUAAAACCAAUUAGGUAGGUCAGGGUCUUGAGAAACAGAAUCCUGUAUUGUUCUGUCAUCAGCACCUUCAGUCAGAUGCAUCGUAUCUUUUUAUUUCUCCCACACAUGAAAAAGAUUCUUGUGCACGUUUAAGAGCAAGAACAGCACCGAACGGUUUAUAUUCCAGCCUCUGAAGUAGGUUUUUUUUGUUCAGCUGUCAGUUUAUUUGAAGAAAAGCUUUUGAAAUCUUACAAAAAAAAAAACUAAAAUGAAAAUUAGGUAAUUUAAGCAAAUGCCUCAAAGGGAGAAAUAAAUAAAUAAAAUGCUUAAGAAUUCAUAGAUGUGGUGUUUUCUUCUCUGUUUCCUGCCUUUUUAAAUAAAAAUAACAUGUUUACUCACUUUCAGUUGUGUCAGUUUAGCCUUUCAGCUGAAUUAUAACUUUUUUCUCUGAACUAUUCAUUGCUACUAAAUUUGAGGUUAUUUAAAUCCAAUUUUUACUCUCCUGCAGCGAUUUUGAACUCGUGCCAUUCACAUCUAAAUAUUUGCUUUAUUUAUCGUGCCAUGAUUUGUUAUUAUUUGUGGAACCAACAAGUAAAAUACAACUUUUUCUAAUCGGAUUAUUCAGUGUGCUCAGUGACAUUGACUACAGUCAUUUUUGCAAAACAGUUUCAAGCUGGGCUUGAGACGCCUUCUUACGUUUCUGAUGUGCUUUAUGAAAGCAUCGAGGCUGGAUGAGGGCGGUAUGAAGACGACCCACUGCUGUUAAGCCUCUGAGCUGCCAAGGGAGGUAUUGACAGAGCUGGAACAUGUUAGCCAACUUGAGUUUGUGAUGCGUAGACCAGUUUCCUGCAGAAUUUAGAAAGGAAAGAGCUGCUAAAUCAUUCCCUACAAUCUGUCACUACAUGAUGCAGUUUACUGCGUGUGAUCUUGGGAUGUGACCAACUUG